UUUAUUUCAUCAUUUCGUACAUGUUUUGUACGCGCGCGCGACCGGCCCUACGUUCUGUGAACUUGGGAAAAGAUGGCUGCCUCCGUGUGUAGAGCCGGGAGCGCUUUGGGUCGAGCUCUUGUCAAAGGACCCAGGCCUGUCCUGUUGUCUUUGAGACGGGGACAGGGCAGCCUGUCCUAUGUGCAGAGUCUUCGGGGGGUCCCCGAGACUCAGCUCACUACCCUGGAAAACGGUCUGCGCGUCGCCUCAGAGGAGUCUGGACACGCAACCUGCACCGUUGGGCUGUGGAUUGAAUGUGGCAGUCGCUAUGAGACUGAGAAGAAUAAUGGAGCUGGCUUCUUCCUGGAGCAUAUGGCUUUUAAGGGGACGAAAAAGCUCUCUCAGUCUGCCCUGGAGCUGGAGGUGGAGUCCAUGGGGGCCCACUUGAGCGCCUACACCUCCCGUGAGCACACUGCGUACUACAUGAAGGCCCUGUCCAAGGACCUGCCAAGAGCGGUGGAGCUGCUGUCAGAGGUGGUGCAGAGCAGUGCGUUGAGUGAGUCAGAUCUGGAGCGGCAGCGCGGGGUGGUGCUGAGAGAGCUGGAGGAGGUGGAGGGCAGCCUGCAGGACGUCUGCCUGGAUCUGCUGCAUGCCACCGCCUUCCAGGGCACCUCGCUGGGACACAGUGUGCUGGGGCCUUCGCAAAACGCCAGGACACUAACUCGUGAGGACCUGGUGGAGUUCAUCAACAGCCACUAUAAGGCCCCUCGCAUGGUGCUGGCAGCUGCUGGAGGCGUAAAUCACAGUGAGCUGGUAGAUCUGGCCAAGCAGCACUUCAGUGGGGUGUCGUUUGAGUACGAGGGGGAUGCUGUGCCCGUGCUUUCCCCCUGUCGCUUCACAGGGAGCGAGAUUCGCAUGCGUGAUGACGCCAUGCCCCUAGCUCAUGUUGCCAUUGCAGUGGAGGGUGCUAGAGCGACAAGUCCUGACAUUGUUACCCUGAUGGUGGCCAAUGCGAUGAUUGGCAGUUAUGAUAUAACUUUUGGUGGGGGAAAGAAUCUGAGCAGCCGCCUGGCUCGCCUUGCGGUGGAAAACAAGGUCUGCCACAGCUACCAGGCCUUCCACUCCUCCUACUCGGACACCGGGCUGCUGGGAAUCUACUUUGUCACCGACCAGCACAACAUCGAUGACAUGAUGUUCUAUGCGCAGAACCAAUGGAUGAACCUGUGCACCUCGGUGACGGAGAGCGAUGUGGCCAGAGCCAAGAACGCGCUGAAGGCCACGCUGGUGGGCCAGCUGGACGGGACAACGCCGGUGUGUGAGGACAUUGGCAGACAUAUGCUAGACUACGGGCGCCGUAUCCCUCUGGCCGAAUGGGAUGCCCGGAUCAAUGAUGUCACCCCAAGGAUGGUGCGAGACGUCUGCUCCAAAUAUAUCUAUGACAAGUGUCCCGCUGUAGUUGCAGUCGGUCCAGUUGAGCAGCUGCCUGACUACAACAGGGUGCGCAGUGCCAUGUACUGGCUCCGAUUCUAACCCUGCAGCUCCAGCGUUAGUCUGCUCCUCACUGCGUCCCCUCAGACCACUCCCAGCACACCCUUUGUCACCCACCCUUCUCUGCUCUGUGUCAGUGCUUCCCAUCAUGCAAUGUAAUGGAGAAACUGUGUUCCCACAGUAUGCUGACUGUACGCUGUCCUUCUCCUCCCCCUUUUCCUUUCAUGCCUCGCUCUAUUCUUCUUUCUCCACUCCGAACACGUGUUUGGUGUUGGAAGUGCAUGUAGGCCUCUUUUCCUGUUUGUUUUGUUAGACUAUUUAUACCUGUUCUUUUUACCAGUGUUUAUUUUGGGGUCCACCUGAGCCCUGAGGUCUGACCACAGGUUUUUAGAAGGAGCUGUAGCUGAACAGGUUCACAGACAUUUCCACACUCUGUACAGGAAGUGCAUUUGGACUGUGCACACAGGUUCAUUCAGUACUGUAGGGGGGGAGGGCAUGGGGUAUUUACAGUCAUUAACACAACAGCAACAGUAAAUUAUUCUAAUGCACAGACUUUUAUUCAGAGGAGAAAGGGGAAGUAUUUAUGAAUUCAUGUAUACUUUUUUCUGUUGUCCAUUGUACAUAACAGCAACUCUGGUGCAUCCAGAUUCAAAUAAACAUGUAUUGAAGUA